UGUCAUAGUUUCUAAUAUUUGUGACGUCGGAGAUGAAACAUUAAAAUUUUAAUUCGGUUAAUUACAACUGACUGUAACCAUGGACAGGCCAAGUGAAGACAAGUUGUCUCGUCGCUUAACUAACCCAGAACUGCGCUGCAAGAAUAAAUGUGGUUUCUAUGGGAACCCGAUAUACAUGGGCUACUGCUCGAAGUGCCACAAGGAGCUUGUUCGUGAUGGGGUGAAAGGUCGUGGUACUGUGGCUUCACCUCCCGAGAAGCCUCAAGGAUCUACAAAUGAACGCAAGUCUGGCCCGACAUUGGGAAACUUUCUUCGAUUCGCUACAAAAAAGAAAGUACAAACAACGGCCAAGAAGACAGGCCAUGGUCGUUUCUUUGGUUCUCCUCUGAGGCCGUCUUCCUCUGGUCAGUGGUCAGGUGUGGCAGAGAGCAUCAGAGAACCACCACCUGGCAAAAAAGGUAAGAAGCCAGCCUCAUCUUCCCGUGUCCUUGAGCCUUUCAACGAAUUUCUAAAGACUCUAAAAAAACCAGCUGCACAAGACAUUGUUGACCACCUAAAAAGUUUUCACAAGCAUAUAUCGGAUAGAGCCACGGCUACUGUGGAGGAGAAGAGCGAAGCUGUUCAAGAGUUCUAUAUGGACAUGGCAGAGAGACUGCAGACACACACUCUGUUCCGUAACAUGACAGAGGAGCAACAGGGAGAGAUGUUGGAUGGGAUUGAGAAACACCUCAUGACCAACAUAUACCACGAUGUGUACAGCCCAGCGUCUUGUGACGAUGAGAUGAAGGAUCUGUUGUUCCAGAGGCGUAUUCGCAUGCUCAACUGGCUGGAGACAAAACAUCUGGACAUACCUCUCAAACUAGACCACCCUGGGGUACAGGAGCUGAUCACCAAGGGACAGCAGGAGCUGUGGGCCAUGGAUGAUAAGAAGGCUCCCCAGGACAAGCUCAACUGUAUCUCCAAGUGUUGUAUGACUCUGCUCUCUGCUCUGAGACUGAGUCAGGAGGGACCAGCCAGUGCUGAUGAGUUCCUCCCCUCACUCAUAUUCAUGAUCAUCUACACCAGUCCUCAACACUUCCACUCGAAUAUAAACUACAUAACUCGAUUCAGUAACCCAGUCAGGAUCAUGAGUGGAGAGACUGGCUACUUCUUCACUAACCUGUGUGGAGCAGUCUCCUUCAUAGAGAACGUGAGAGCUGAGAACCUGUGCACUGUGAAGGAUGGAGUGACGGUAUGUAUGACUGAGGAGGAGUACAACACUAAGAUGGGCUAUGUGGACGGUAAAUCAGACGUUGACCUACUCCUGGCCGAGGGGUGGGAGGAGGUAGAGGAGGACAAUGAGCACAAACAAAUACUAGAGUCGUGUAGUGAGGGUAUGGAUGAGCUGACAGGGCGACUGACAGAGCUGCUCAAGGAACUGGACCAGCUAGGCUCUCAAAUGAUGGAGUUUAGAAAUGGACUGAAGGAGCAGGUUGAUUCCAUCCUCACCGCCCCCCACAGUCCCUCACCUCCCACUGAAAACCUCAUAGACUUCACUAUUAAACAUACUUAAGAAGCUCUUAGACUUGCUGUUCAGUGUGUGUUUUGAUUUUUACAACUUCAGAUGAUUAAUUACUGUAACAUGAUUGUAAUGCUACACAUGUACAAGCCAUGCUGUUUCAUAUAAUUAUAUCACAUGAUUCGAUAUA